CUGCACAUACGUGAACAGCUUCAGUAGCGUGAAGACAUCACUCGGUUGCAAUGAGAAGAAAGUCCAGAUUUGAAGUUGUGGCUCUAGUGCUGCUUGCGCUCGUACUACCAGUAAAACCGGACGAAAAGCUAGCCUAUUCCGUCGCUAAAAAUGAUCAUUCGAUCGAAUCGAUUUGUGUUGGUGUAAAUGCCGGUAUCCUCCCGCAUCCGGAUCCUGCUCUGUGCUACGUAUUCAUUACGUGCACAUUCGAACAGUCGACUGCUUACCAGUGUGCGGAAGGGUUUGUGUUUGAUCGUGCCAUGCUUCGCUGCAUUCCUGGCGAUCGCGAACAGUGUCCGGAGCGUACCGAGCCCGAUUGGGAUCAGUUCUGUUCGGGUGUUUCGUACGCGUUCUACGCCCAUCCAGCGGUAUGCUGGGAGUUUGUGUUCUGUUCACUAGGCAGUGCCAAUCGCUACUCGUGCCCGAUGGGUGAGAUAUGGUCACAGGGAGAAGGGGCUUGCCUACCCGGCAAUUGGGACACCUGUGAGCUGUUGGAGUUGGAGAUAUCCUGUCAAAACCGUCCAGAUGGAGUGGUGCCUCAUCCAACAGACUGCACAAGCUUUUUAGAGUGUAACAAUGGCCAGACAACGAUCAGUGAGUGUUCAAGGGGAGAAGUGUUUGACCAGACGCUGGAAAGGUGUGUUGCAGGCAAUACGGAAACUUGCGUUCGCGCUGACAACGUCUGUAGAGAUAGGGCCGAUGGAACGGUACUUGCUCAUCCGAAUGAGUGUGAUCUUUUCAUCCUCUGUCAAGGAGGACAGGAAGUGGCAAAUCCUUGCCCAUCGGGAGAAAUAUUAAACGUACAGGCCCAGUUCUGUGUCCCGGGCAAUGCAGACACCUGCCAGUUUCAACCAGUCGAGACGAUGUGCCAGAACGCGAGCGUAGGUGCGAUCUAUCCUCAUCCGAAUAGCUGCACGCAGUUUGUAAGCUGCAUCACCAGUCAAGGGGUAACGACUUUCUGCCCGGCGGGGCAGAUUUUUCACGCACCGAGUGGAUCUUGCCGAGUGGGCAAUACCAAUACUUGCGAAUUGAUCGUUGACGUGUGUGAAGGCCAAGCCGAUUUCUCUGUGCUGGAACAUCCGAGUGUUUGCUCACUGUUUAUUUGGUGUCAAGGUGGAACCGUAACCGUUCAGCCGUGUCCUAAUGGUGAGAUCCUGCGCCCCGAUGCACAGUUCUGUGUUCCAGGCAAUCAACUUACCUGUGAGUUUGAUCCCAUCGAUCGGAUGUGUGUGGGACAGAUUGAUUCCGUAAGCUUCCCGCAUCCAACCGAGUGCACACAGUUUGUGGCGUGUUUUAGAGGCGAAACUCUUGUGCAAUCCUGUCCGAAGGAAAGUGUGUAUCACGCUUCAACACGUGCCUGUGUUCCAGGAAACGAUGACACGUGCGAGCGAUUCGAUAGCAUCUGUUCCGGGCGCCCCGAUGGUAUCAUACCGCACCCAACAACGUGUAGCGCGUUCGUUUACUGUACGUCCGGGCAGGCCGUGUUCGAGCAGUGCGGUCCGGGCAUGAUCUUCAAGCAGGGGCUGAGUGGUUGUGUGGUGGGCAACACGGAAACUUGCACCGAGGCAAAAACUAUCUGUACUGAUCACGCAGAUCAUACCCUUGUGGGCCAUCCAAGCGAAUGCAAUCUUAUCGUGGUGUGUAUGAUGCAACAACCAACCUUGAGGUCUUGUCCAGCGGGGGAAAUAUUUAACUCUACUACAUUGCUUUGCACCCCGGGAGAUCUGAACACCUGCCAGGUACAUCCCGUAGAAACGAUGUGCAGAAACCGGCCGUACGGAUCGGUUUACCCUCAUCCGAGUGAUUGCACGCAGUUUGUUCGCUGUGCAGGCGAGCAGCCCAACGUGCAAGUGUGUCCCGCAGGGCAUGUUCUGCACCAUUCAAGUAUGACCUGUCGCCCGGGAGACACCAACACCUGUGAGGUGAUGGAAAACGUGUGUCAAAAUCAAACGGAUGGCGUAAUCUUGAAGCAUCCAAGUCUCUGUGAACAUUUCGUGCGGUGUCAGGGUGGUGCUAUAACCAUAAAUCCUUGCCCCGUUGGGGAGAUUCUUCGUCCGGAUGUACAGUUCUGUGUUCCUGGCAAUCUAACAACUUGUGAGUACGCACCCAUCGAUCGCAUGUGCUUGGGGCAGGCUGAUCACAUUCGCUUCCCGCAUCCAACGGAAUGUUCGUCGUUCGUAGCAUGCCAGGGACAGAACGGUGUCGUCCAGAGUUGCCCGGCUGGCAGUGUGUACAGUGCUAAAGCACGCUCCUGUAUGCCCGGCAAUGAGGCUACUUGCGAGCGGUUUGAAAAUAUUUGCGUUGGACGACCGGAAAGCGUGAUUGCUCAUCCGAACACCUGUACAGCUUACAUCCAUUGCUCCUCCAACUUGGCAGUCUACCAGCAGUGUGCUCCAGGGACCGUCUUCGAGCCCAGCCUUGGAGGUUGCGUUGUUGGCAAUACAGCAACAUGCACACGGAAUGAUGGAAUGUGUGUUGGGCAGUCCGAUGGAUCGAUUCUUACACAUCCCAACGAGUGUGAUCUUUACAUCUUAUGUGUGUCCCAGCAGGCAGCUCCUCUUCGUUGCCCUCCAGGCGAGAUCUUGAACGAACAGGCGCAGAUCUGUGCCCCGGGAAAUGUAACCUCCUGCCAAUUCAAUCCCGUCGAAACGAUGUGCCACAAUAAGAUCAGCAACGCAAUUUAUCCUCAUCCCAACGAUUGCUCACGGUUUGUGCAGUGCAGCGAUGGGCAGAGUAUCGUAAAAGAUUGUCCUGCUGGUGAGAUUCUACACGGUUCAUCUAGAACUUGCCGACCGGGCAAUACAGCAACCUGCCAGUUUCUCGAUGGAGUGUGUCAAGGUCGCCCAGAUGGAUGGGUGAUCGAGCAUCAAAGUCUCUGUGGUCAUUUCAUUCAAUGCCAGCAAGGUGUAGCAUCGGUUCACUCGUGCCCUGGCGGAGAGAUUCUACGCCCUGACGCGCAGUUAUGUGUGCCGGGGAAUCCUACCUCUUGUGUGUUCGAUCCAGUAGAGAAAAUGUGUAUGGGACGGCCAGAUGGACGCGUUUAUCCACAUCCGAACAAUUGUACACAGUACUUGCGCUGUCGAAAUUCGCAACCAACGCUCGAGACUUGUCGUCCUGGAACCAUCUUCCGCGCAACGACACAAUCCUGUGUAGCUGGCAAUGGUGAUACGUGCACGUUCCUUGAUUAUUCGUGUGCAGGACGUCCCGAUGGAGUGAUACCUCAUCCGGAGGGUUGUGCGCUGUUCCUGCUGUGCACAUCGGGCACUACGGCCGCUUUCCGCUGUCCGGAGGGUGAGAUCUUACAUCCGGAGUUCCUGGUCUGUGCGGCAGGCAAUGCUGAUGACUGCUCGUUGGCACCGGUCACUACUGAGCCACCGAUCAUUUCCGUAUGCGAGGGUCGUCCCGAUGGAAACUACACGCAUCCACUGUUGUGUUAUAUGUUUAUUCAUUGUACAAGCGGAGCCACAGAGAUUCGUUCCUGUCCAAAGGAUCAAAUUUUUGUUGGUGCUAUUCGAGGCUGUGCAGCGGGUAAUCAGAAAUCGUGCAUUCCGCUGUAAAUAGGGAAAGAAGAACGAGAUUUUUACUCCAAAACAACAUUACGUUGGUUUGGGCUGUAUUUUCGGGAAUAACUUGAUUCUGAAGUUUAGAAAUAUAUCAAUAAAAUCUUUCAUAUCGCAAGCAACA